AUGGCCAUCGUGGAGACCGUGGCUGAACACCUCACUGUCAAGUCGGUGGUCGGUUUCCUGGCUGCCGCACUGUUCCUCCGAUAUGUUGUCUUGCGUGUCCAUGAGCAUAUCCGUAUUAAGCGGUUGGGGAAAUAUGGCUUUCGCGUGCCAUCAUAUCUGCCUUUCGGGCUUGACGUUCUGUAUGUUGCGGUCAUAGAGACCAUGAAAAGCAGAAACCUUGAGCAUUGGCGGGACGGAUUCUUCCUCAAGUACAAUGUCUGGACGGUGGAAGCUCGUGUCCUCGACAAGAGAGUCGUCUUCACUGCCGAUCCGGAGAACAUCAAGGCUAUCCUGGCAACCCAGUUUCACGACUUUGGCAAAGGUGAACCGUUCCACAAGGAAUGGUCUGAUUUCCUCGGGGACAGUAUAUUCACUACUGAUGGCGAGCAGUGGCAUGCCAGUCGCCAGCUUAUCCGACCGCAGUUCACUCGAGACCGUGUGAGCGACCUGCACUGUUUCGAAUCACAUAUGAAGAUUCUCUUCCGCGCUAUUGACAAUUGCGGCCCUUUGAGCAGCCAUGAUCAGGAGGUCAAGCCUGGGAGUGGCAAUGGCAGGGUAUUUGACAUCUCUGAUCUCUUUUUUCGGUAUACAUUGGAUGUCACAACUGAGUUUCUUCUGGGCAAGGACACCAUGUCCCUCUCAACACCUAAGAAUGAAUUUGCCGAUGCAUUCAACGAGGUUCAGCGCGUGCAGAAUAUCAUAGCCCGCGCAGCAUUCUUCCGCAAAGUCAUCCCGAAGCCAUCAUAUUGGGCCGGCCUUGAAACAAUGAACCGAUUCGUCAAUAUCUACAUUGAGCGCACCCUACGACUUAGCCCCGAGGAGCUUGAAAAGCACAACAAGUCUGACAAGGGAUACACCUUCCUCCAUGCCCUGGCUGGCUUCACUCGCGACCGCAAAGUGUUGAGGGACCAGCUCGUUGCCAUCCUCCUCGCCGGCCGCGACACCACGGCGUCGACGCUCUCUUGGGCCAUCUACGAGCUCGCACGGCACCCGGAGGCGGUCAAGAAGCUGCGGGCCGAGAUCCUGAGUACCAUGGGCAAGGACGGCCUGCCAACUUACGAGUACCUGAAGAACAUGCCCUAUCUGAAGGCUGUCGUCAACGAGACACUGCGCCUCUACCCCAUUGUGCCCUUCAACGUGCGCCUCGCUCUCAAGGACACCACCAUUCCUAGGGGCGGUGGCCCGGAUGGCACCGAGCCGAUCGCCGUCCUCAAGGACACCCCGAUCGCAUACUCUCCCCUCAUCAUGCAGCGCCGCGAGGAAUUCUACCCGCCGGUUUCAGAGAAGUUCGCCGACCCCAAGGUCUUCAGCCCCGAGCGCUGGGAGCACUGGUACCCCAAGCCUCACUACUAUAUCCCCUUCAACUCGGGCCCGCGUAUCUGCAUCGGGCAGCAGUUCGCCCUCACGGAGACCAGCUACGUCCUCAGCCGGCUGCUCCAGAGAUUUGAGCGCGUGACGAGCCACAUGGCGGAGCUCGACGGCGGUGUACCGCGGCUCAAGACUGACAUUACCUUGGGGCCUGCACAAGGAGUCAUGGUGUCCUUUUGGGAUGCCAAAGAUUGA